ACUUACACGUCCCACCAGUGCAAUAAAUCUAAAGCACAUCGCUCUGGUCCUCUCCCUGACAUUCCUUCAAACGUUCUGGAAAAGGACAUCAAACGAGACCGUUCUGAGUUCGUCUUCUGGACUAGUGGACUUUGGACAUAUUGAUAUGCCUGCUUUAGGCAGCAGCUGAUGAUCUAGACUCAGUCACAUGUUGGGGUUCGACAGGCGUAACAUGUUCAGCAGGGUGGCAGAGAUAUGCAGCAAUAACUGCGUCUGAACAGCGGAUUACAUGUAAGUGUGUCCUGUGUCCAGUAUGUUGAGGCACUGGGGCUUUGCUGUGUUUCUGUUGACCGUCCCCAUACCGGUCCAGUCCAGACCCACUAACACUCUCGGCAACAGACAGAGACGUUCAGUAAGUCACGCUCAGAUGAUGCACGACCGCGGUCGAUCCCUGCAGGACAGAAAGAGGCGUUUGUUGAUACAGGAGCUACUAGGGCAGGUGCACACGGCACAGGUGUGGGACUCACCCAAUCAGAGCGAAGGAAGUAUCCAGACCCUCCCCUCCCCGUACCGACCCAAACACACCAGCAGCACCAAAAACUUUCCUAUGGGCUUUCAGUUGGAGAGACUGGGGACGAGAGACCACCUUCCCCAGGAGACCAGCAAGACCCUGAGAUAUGAGGAACAGCCCUUAAAAACUGUGAUGAAGAGGAAAAGGAAGAUAUGUUUGGUCAGAUGGAGAGAUCCAGGGAGGAGGAGAGACUGGAGUUGUGGCUUCCAAAUAUAAAUACCAAUGAGAGAUCAAUAAAAUAGCCACACAAUCCAUUGAUUUCAAUGGGGAUGGUGCGUUGCAGGACAUAGCGCAAGGGUUCACGCAAGGGUUCGCGAAAGUGACGUUCCAUCAUACAACCUAUUUCUUGACCAAUGUUCAGUGAAUCCAUUGACCCAGGACAGUUUCUAGGCAUAGGUGAACUAGGUGGUCGCCUAGGCGCCACCUACUGGGAGGGCACCAAAGAGGAGGCCUCUGUCAUUUCAAAAGCUUUUUCCACACCUUACGUAAUCCUAUACGUCAAAUGCUCUGUCAGAGAUUUCUCAAGUGUGUAAGCGCCCUAAAGUAGCGACUAUCAAUGGCAGUACGGAAGCCCUGAACCGCACUGUGAAAAAAUAAUUUCAAUAGGUGUACAUUUUUUUUUUUUUAGUUGUCUUAGUUCCUGCCUGAGCCUAUGUGCUACAAAUAUUAUUAUUUUUUCUUAAAAAGAGGCAUCAAAACGAGCAAAGACAUCUACCGCAUGUUUACAUGGGACAACGAUAUAAAAAGCAUAUUAUCAAUAGCAGCAUCGAUAUUCCAGGUGGUGGGUGUCAUCAAACUACUAGAAAUAACUCCCGUUGUUACACGUGACAACGAAUGCCAUAUGAAACAUAUGUAACCUGAGGUAUAUUCAUUUAACUGUGGGAUUUCAUAUAUUAGUAGACUCUCAAACAUUUUAGAUGUUUCUUUACUUGAUUAAGAUUAGCAAAACAUUCUUGUUUGAAUAUUAUACAACUAUAAAUCAACAGAUCAAGUACCUCAGCUGUCAUCUGUCACCUUGUAAGAUUUCAUGCUUACUGAUAGUGGCACCCGGUGGCCGAGGUUGGUACUGCAUGCUAAUUGUUA